GGCUGCACGUCAGUCACCCGUCGCCUGCCGAGCAGCUGCAGUCAUGGCGUCCUUCAAGCUGGUGGUCGCGUGUUUCCUGCUGGCAGCCUGUGUCCUGACGCCGGUCCUCGCCCGCAGCUACCUUCUGGACGACGGGACUGGGGAAGUGGUGGACGAAGCAGAGGUCGAGAAGAGAGGCAAGCAGAGGGCCCCGGCUCCUGUGCACGAGGUGGAGGACGACUCUGGGGGGCUGACACUGUUCUAUUGGCCGUACAGGAGCGACGUCGUGGACGAUAGGCGCGCAACAUCGCUUCGGGUCGACCACGCUGGCCGUGGCGCUGGUGCCGAGAGACAAGGCGACGACGACGACGACGACGACGACGACGACGACGACGACGAAGACGACGACGAAGACGACGAAGACGACGACUGGGACGAGGCCGCACCUGUCGGGUCGACCCGUCCAGGGAGCGACGGUCCACCGCCUGAGCCGGAACGCGAGAGGCAGACGUAUCUUACCAACCCUGAUGAGGCUGAAGAAUUACUUGAUUACCAUCCGGUUUACGUAACUGGAGAGUUAAAGAAACCAAAUAAAUACAAGGACGAGGUUUCAUUUGUCGCCAGACCUGACAAACAUGCUUACAUAAGUGAUAAAAUCUCAGUACACGAAACCGAAGCCUCGGAGAAACCUAAACACCACAAGAAUGUGGUUCAUCUUGCUAACAGGCCAGACAAACAUGCAUACUUAGAUAAUCAAGGCUUGGUUUACGAAACUGAAGCCUCGGAGAUACCUGAACGGUACCAGAAUGAGGUUUCACUUGCCACCAGGCCUGAGGAACUUAAACAUGUAGGAGAUCGUGAUCAGGUGUACAGGAGAGAAGGCUUGGAGGAACCAGAAGAAUCUCGGUAUGAGUCUCAGCCUAUCCUGCAGGAUACUGUUUCUACACACUUUGAUGUACCAUCCAGAGAAUCUGCUGUAAGGCGAGGUGAGACACCUGAGCGCGAUCCGGAUCACAGUCGUGAUAAAGUCUUAACUUCUGUUGCCCCGGAGAAGGCUAAACACCGUCUAAGACCAGUGUACUCUUUUGUAAUAAGUAACAAGCAAGGACAUGUUAAAUGGGGAGUGCGACAUUACGUCUAGGCAUUUCACGCCAGUUAUCAUACGGCCAUAGCUGGUGGCGAUGGAGACCGACCCCGUGGAGGCUCGAGUGCGACGGGAUGGCGGCGGCCACGGGAUCACCGGGCCCGUGCACACCUUCGUGAAGACAGACAAGCACGCGCACUUCAAGUGGGGAGUGCGCCACCACGUUGGGCACCACUACGCCGGCUGAGUGCUCCCUUGGCCCUCGGCCACGCGCGGAAGGCGCUGCACGGCUCAACGUGUCAGCCGAUGACAUUUCUUUUGUAAUUUUGUAUCUCUUUGAAUAUUAUAAACAUGUGAAAGUGUCA